CCCAGAGAGAGACACCCACGGCGCUGCUCAGCCAGAGCCCCGCACAGGCACUCGCCUCCCCCUGCCCCUGUUCCCAGGAGCGUGCGGGAAGUGGGUCAGGAUCGGGGAGAGCCCACAUCCCGAAGGAGGGAAGUGGGGGGCUCGCCCCCUUCAUGGAACAUGGGGGUGCAAGAGGCACCUAUGGAUGGUCUCCCCAAAGCAGGGCAGAAAGGAUCUCAGGCCAGGAUGGAAAUGGGGGGGCCUGUGCCCCCAACAUGGAGAUUCUGGGGUGCAACCUUGCUUAACAGGAGGCACUAUCUGUGGUGAGUGAGGACCAGUCCAUAUUCGACCCCCCCUAUGGCCCUCCCCACCUCAUGAAGACAGAGGUGCCCCCUGCCGAGGACUACAACGGCAAGGAGAGGCCGGCGCUGGGGGAGCCGGACUGGUCCAGUCAGACCAGCAGGGGGCAUUCUGUGAAGAGGGAGAAUGAGAAUGUCAACUGCUCCAGACCGUCCUCUGUGGACUGCAGUGUAUCCAGACGCAGCAAAUCCGGGAGCGACCCACACCCCAUCCCCUACCCAGCCAGCUACAGCGACCAGCGGAGCAGCCCCCCAGCCAACCCCCCCAGCGAGGAGAAGAGGGUUAUCGUCCCAGCAGACCCUGGUGUGUGGACCCAGGACCACGUGCGCCAGUGGCUGGACUGGGCGGUGAAGGAGUAUGGGCUGGAGGAGGUGGACGUGGGCCUGUUCCAGCACGUGGACGGCAAGGAGCUGUGCAAGAUGGGCAAGGAGGAUUUCCUGCGCCUCACCUCGCCCUACAACGCCGACGUGCUGCUGUCCCACCUGGCCUACCUGCGGCAGAGCAGCCCGACCUUCACCUACCCAGCUGCCCCAGCUGUGACGCCCCAGCCGCCCGCACCCCCACCACGUGUGCAAGUGAAAACAGAGUCCCCCUACGAGGAAAUCAGGCGAAGCAGCUGGAGCAGCUCCCUCAGCGGAGGCCCCAAAGGGUCCCCCCCCCAGAUCCAGGGGGUGAAUCGGACGAGUGACUCCCCACGGAUCGUAACAGAUCCAUACCAGGUCCUGGGACCCACCAGCAGCCGCUUAGCAAACCCAGGCAGCGGCCAGAUCCAGCUGUGGCAAUUCCUGCUGGAGCUGCUGUCGGACAGCAGCAACGCCGGGUGCAUCACGUGGGAGGGCACCAAUGGGGAGUUCAAGAUGACGGACCCAGACGAGGUCGCACGGCGCUGGGGCGAGCGCAAGAGCAAGCCCAACAUGAACUACGACAAGCUGAGCCGGGCCCUGCGCUAUUACUACGACAAGAGCAUCAUGACCAAGGUGCACGGGAAACGUUACGCCUACAAGUUCGACUUCCAGGGCAUCAGCCAGGCCCAGCAGAACCACCCGGGCGAGGGGCCCCUCUACAAGUACCACCCGGCCGACCUGUCCUACCUGCCUUCCUACCACCAGCAGAAGGUGGGCUUCGGCCUCAGCCACGCCGCCCAGCUGCCCGUCUCCUCCGCCGGCUUCUUCGGGGCCCCCGCGCCCUACUGGAACGCCGGCUCUGGGAACCUCUACCAGAGCUCGCCCGUGCCACGGCCCACUGCCGGCCACCUGAACUCCUUCUACUAGCCACGGGGGGCACGCAGCCUGCUGGCGGCCACCUGAACUUCUAUUAGCCAUGGGGGGUGCCCGGCCCACCGCCGGCCACCUGAACUCCUUCUACUAGCCAUGGGGGGUGCCUGGCCUGCCACCGGCCACCUGAACUCCUUCUACUAGCCAUGGGGGGUGCCCGGCCCACCGCCGGCCACCUGAACUCCUUCUACUAGCCAUGGGGGGUGCCCGGCCCGCCACCGGCCACCUGAACUCCUUCUACUAGCCACGGGGGGCACCCAGCCUGCUGGCGGCCACCUGAACUCCUUCUAUUAGCCAUGGGGGGUGCCCGGCCCACCGCCGGCCACCUGAACUCCUUCUAUUAGCCAUGGGGGGUGCCCGGCCCACCACCGACCUCCUGAACUCCUUCUACUAGCCAUGGGGGGUGCCCGGCCCGCCACCGGCCUCCUGAACUCCUUCUACUAGCCAUGGGGGGUGCCCGGCCUGCUGGCGGCCACCUGAACUCC